AUGUGCUUGAGUUUGGUUCCCCCAUACGCUCAGAGUUACGUGCUACCGAGCCGAAAUAUAUCCACUGUGAUGGAUAUGUUCAAAAAGGAGAACUUGGAACUCUCUUAUAAUGAACUAUUUAAACUGUGCCAGAGCACCAGCAUUGAUAUUACAAAAGAAAAAAUUGAUCAGGUGCAAAAAGACACCAUUUCACAGUCGAGCAGAGCGAAUUUUUUCAAGCGCAGAGCAGGGAGGAUUGGUGCCUCGCAGAGUAAGGCUGCAGCACACUCUGAUCCAGCACUGCCCUCCCAGUCCCUAAUACAGCGCAUUUGUUACCCUGAACUUCACAAGGUUAACACCAAGGCGGUGCGUCAUGGGUGUAAGCAUGAAGCUUCUGCUAUCAGUGCUUUUGAAGAGUCCAUGAAAAAAACACACACAAACUUUAAGGUUAUCAAAUGUGGUCUCUUUAUUAACGAAGAAAAUCCCUGGAUGCACGCCACCCCAGAUUUUUUAUGUUCAUGUGACUGUUGUGGGGAAGGUUGUGGGGAAAUAAAAUGCCCCCUAUGUUUGGAAAACUGUGACUUUGAUUGAUAAUGAUAAUGAUGAUAGACUGUUUAUUCACAAAUACAUCGCAGUCAUUAGACUGAAUUGUGUAUUUCACAGAGAAAUAUAUAUAAAUAGGCAAAUGUUAAAACUAAUCACAAACAUAUGUACAUGAUAUAAAAAUAUAAGUAUCUAAUGGGAUUAAAAUAUGUACAGUUACUAGCUAAGUACUACGCGUUGUUUGUUGCUAGGCAUCUUUGGACAUUGCAUACACAAAGGACUGUCUAAAGCGGUCUGUGCGCGAGCGUGGUAGAUUAUAUGUUCUCUGUUGUCGCAGGCAGUAGCUUUGUUCAUUUCUUGGAGGCAGUAAGUUGUGUAGUUUAUGCCCCGAGUUGUUGGCGAUUGAAUCAAAGAGUCGUUUACAUAGUUCAUUGCGUCUCUCUUUUAGCGUUGGCAGGCCUAGUCUGUCCAAGCAGUCCUGAUAUGACAUAUCUAGGAGAAUUAUGGAAAGAACUCUUUUCUGUAUACUCUCUAUAUCCUCACUGAGGUAAGCGGGAAGCGCGUGAUGGAAGAGGGGAGCGCAAUAUUCUAGAACAGAUCUGAUUGUUGUACAGUAGAAAUCAACAAUGUCAUUACAAGGUACACGAGCCCUUUUCAGGAGAACAAUGAAGUAUAUCCGCUUGUUUGCCUUCUUAAUGCAAUCUACGACGUGAUUGUUCCAUUUGAGAUCACUAGAUAUGGUAACACCUAGGAUUUUGGCGCAAUCGAUGACGGGAAGGGCUUUGCUAUCUACUACAAGUGGAGAAAAGUUAUGAGGAUUUUCUUUAAAGUCAAUAAUUAACUCUUUGCACUUGUCAGCGUUGAGUUGCAUCAGCUGGGAUUGGGACCAGGUGUCCACCGCAGUAACAACGCGUUGUACGUCACCCAGGGAGCCACGGGGUAUGGUUUGAGAGAUGGUAAUAUCAUCUACGUACUUCCACGUUGGGGCGUCAACUUUGAGAUCGUUUAUCAUGAGCAGAAAGAGCCAUGGUCCGAGUUUUGUUCCCUGUGGGACCCCGGCUGGGACUGGGCCCCACUCAGAGAAACAGUGUGCCGACAGUUCUACCCGUUGUUGCCAGUUUGUCAGGAAGUCGGUCACCCAAGCUUUGAUGCUGCGUGGCAUGUCAAGACCAUUGAUCUUGGCAACGAGGAUCGUAUGAUCAAUGAGAUCAAAUGCCUUUCGAUAGUCAAAUAGCACGACCCUGACGACUGCCCCUGUCCCAUCUGUAGCCUGUGACCAGUGGUGAAACAUCGAGAUCAGGGCGAAUGAGGUGGAGAAUUCGGGGAUGCCGCCAUACUGAUCACAGUCGAUCUUCUUGAGUACUGCGGGACCAACAUGAGUGGCUACAACGAAGUCUUCCGCGAGUUUCGAGAUGAUGGGGGUCAGGGAAAUGGGCCGCAGAUGCUUACUUAGGUCUUCAACAGGCUUCUGUUUGGGUAGCGGUACAACGUCAGCUAGCUUCCACGGCGAGGGCAGCUUUUGCUCUUUAUAGCUGGAGUUGAGUAUAGCCGUAACGGGUUCAACAAGAACCUCUGCAUACUCUCGCAGGAGCCAAUUAGGAACACAGUCAGGUCCGGCUGCUUUACGCGGGUUUAAUUGCUUCAAAGCAGCCAAGACCGCAGACUCGGAUACAGACGACACAUAGGGUUCAUCCUCGUGGGCUGCGAUUGGCAUUAAUGGCUGAAAGUUUUCCAUUGGAGCAAGAAAGGCUGAGUUAAUUUUGUUGGCUAUUUCAAGUUCGCUCAAAUCGCCAUCCAAAUGUAAGCUGGAAAGAAAAGACUCUGAUCGGAGCAGGGGACCAUUCCUGCGACCCGUUUGACAGCGUUCCACCACUGAGAGGGCUUGGUGGACUUGAGAUGGUCAACUUUGCUAGCAAAGUACUCGCCGCGAAGAGAUUUCCGCUCGCGGUUGACGAUGUUGCGGUAGCGGCUGAAGGCGUCCUUAUCUCCCUUGUUGAACGGUUGCUGGCCAGCUUGAUAAGGUUUUUAAACUCUGCGGUGAUCCAUGGCGCAUCAUUAACGUGUGUCUUGAAGUGCUUAACCGGCAUGAUGUAAUCCAUACCAAUCUGAAUUAUGUCAACGAACAUGCUUAACCUAGCCUCGCAGUCAUCUCCAUUAACUGGAGACCAGUCAAUCGACGAGAGAUAGCGUCCGAGUUCCAACUUUCUACUUGGUCGUGUGUCUCACCUUGCCGUGAUUCUCAUACUGCAACCGUUGCCCUUGGGUCUCGCUUUGGGUCUCACUAAGACAACAUUGUGGUCAGACAUGCCAAAGGGGGGAAAGGUUUGCACAGCGUUUGAGUCGUAGAGCUGUGGAAGGUUAGUAAGUACUAAGUCCAAGAUUUGGUCACCCCUUGUGGGCUUAUCUACUAGUUGCUUCAGCUUGAAUUGGGUGGUCAAACGGCGAGUAUUUAGGCGGUUGAAAUCGCCGCACAACACGAAACCGCAACCGGGGUACUCUCCUUCCAAAGAAGUGAGGGACGCAGACAGAUAGUUCACAAGUGCUGCAUCUCUGAUGCUGUUGUUGAAGUGUGGAUGGUAUAUGACACCCGCGACGAUACAGGGAACUCCGCGUGGAAGUCGGCUGGGUCGUAGCCACGCCAACAGUGCCUCGAUGUCAGGAUCCGACAGUUUUUCUAGGUGCUUGAAUUUGAUAGAAUUCUCGAUGUAGAGGCCAACACCGCCGUGAUGGUCUGUGGUGCGGUCACGAUGGAUAAAUGAGUAGCCUGGGAUCUGCAGCAGUGAGUCCCAGAUUGUCUCUCUUAACCACGUCUCGGUAAAGAACCCUAAAUUAGGUUUUAGAUCCAGGACAAUAGAACGAACCUCGUCAAUCUUGGGUGCUAGUGACAUGGUGUUAGCGAGUAGUGCACUAAGGCCAAACACUCAGUUUUCUUUCCCCUGAUUCGAUGGAAUUGUAAGGGCAAAAUGUGAAAGGUUUCGCCCGCGCACGCCCGGGGGGCGCUGGGGACCAGAAGGCCAGUCCUGCAGGCGAUUUCGAGGCUUGAUCACCGGAAUGGAACCGUUGUUUAUUCCAACACUCUGUAAGGUGUCAAUCUGAAUAUUUAAUGUGGAAGACGGAGCAGUAUGUAAAUUACUCUCGCCAUUGAGGUUUACCUUUUCGCCAGGGAAGUCGGCUAGAAAACUGCCAUAGCUGGACAAGGGCUGUCCCAUGGAAGAUUCCAGCACCGUACGUAUAUAUGUUUUAAAGCCUGGCUCCUGUCUUGAAAAGAACAGUAGUGGGGAAUUCGUACUGGUAUACACACAUGAAUAUUACUACCAGGUGCAACAGCAGCUUUUCACUACCAAACUGAACUAUAGUUACUUUGUUGUCUGCGGUGUAAAUGAAAAUCAAAUCAAGCUGGUCUCGCAAAAAAUUCUCCCAGAUAAAGAGCACUGGGACAGAGUUUUACCUAAAUUGCACAAGUUUUGGAGAAUUUGUGUCUUGCCUGAGGUACUUGCUCGAUGGUACACAAGAAGAGAGAAUGUUACUGUAGAUGGGGUUUCCCUAGCUGAUGCUACCUGUUAUUGCAGACAGGAAACUGUUGAGGAAACUGUCAAGUGCUGCAAUCCAAACUGUCCUAUUCAGCGAUUUUAUUUAUCAUGUUUGGGAAUUGAUGGUAUUCCCAAAACCUGGUACUGCCCCAAUUGCAGAGCCUUACCAGAAUUUAAGCGAGGAAGCUCUAAGAAACAAUCAGCUGGCAUUAUAAAUGAAGCUAUGAAGAUGGACUUAAUUUGUACCUGCAAAGCUGUGGCUGAAAAAAAGGAAAAGCUUGUGAAGUGUUCAAACGCACACUACACUAAUGGGAAGUUUUUCCAUUUAUCAUGUCUUGGCAGGAAAAGGAUGCCAAAUAACAGCAAAUCUUGGCCCUGUUCAGUCUGCUUUGUCACAAAGUCUCAGGAGCCCAUGAGUGGUACACCAAGUAAGCCCACAGCCACGAAGACAACAGCAAGCACCAAUCCAACAGUCACACACACCACAACAAACACCAAGCCAACAGUCACGCACACCACAACAAACACCAAGCCAACAGUCACGCACAUCACAACAAACACCAAGCCAACAGUCACACACAUCACAACAAACACCAAGCCAACAGUCACACACAUCACAACAAACACCAAGCCAACAGUCACG